AUGGUGAAGAGGAAUGCGCCAGCAAAGAACGGCAGUAGGAGAGUCCCGCAAAUCGAUAAAGAUAUCAAACGUUGGGAAGUGCAAAUCCCGAAGCCGGAGAACGCACCAAUGGAGAUGGACCACGGUCUCGAGCGGUACAUAGAGCAUUCGCGUGUUAAUCGAGGUUUGAGGAUGCAGUGGUAUCCGCAUUCGGAUCGUGGCCGUUCGCAAAGAGGAGAAUAUUCCAUGGUGUUCAACGUUACACGCAAUACCAUCAAUGUUGGAUUGCAUCAUCGCGAAGUCGAGCCGUGGGAUUGCCAUUCUCGCGUGAUACAUCUGCGAGCUUCACAAUGCCGCUUAGCAGAAUCAGAGCGUACAUUCGCAGGGCUAGGAUCUGCAUCCGCUACUGAAGCUGUUAAUACAAUUGAGAUGAUGGUGACGUGGUGGAGCGCUGUUCCACCACUUCAAGUCAGUUUGACAAUGACGCCUCCGAAAUCCUUCUCUAGGAGGCGUGUCAUUCGGCUUGAGCAAGUCGAGGCCUGCCACCGCCAAGUUUUGCAUGUCCCAGCAAGAAAUAAGUUGCAAGAACCCUUCAUGGGACAUGCGGAACCCGCCGCUAUGCAGCGCGCUUGGGAUCAGGGACAUGCACCGGGCUCGGUUCAAGCUCUUUUAGGGACCUUGUAA